AUGACAGAACAAAAAACUAAUACCCCAAUCAUAUUUGCACCAGAGACAUACCAAUACGAUAAAGAUUCUCUAGACCCUUCCAAAGUUGACAAGGAUCCUAUCAAACAAUUUGCAAAAUGGUUUGAAGAAGCCCGUAAAGAUCCAGCCGAAGAUUUGCCUGAAGCUGUUAACUUGGCAACUUGUGAAUUGCCCUCUGGUAGAGUUUCAAAUCGUGUCUUGUUGUUUAAAGAAUUAGACCAGCGUGGAUUUUGUAUUUAUUCAAAUUGGGGUACUUCCAGGAAAGCACGUGACAUUAAGUCUAAUCCACAUGCUAGUAUAACUUUCUUUUGGAAGGACUUACAAAGACAAGUUAGGGUGGAAGGUGAUGUCGAAUUUGUUAACAGGGAGACAAGUGAACGUUAUUUUCAAACUAGACCAAGGGGUUCUAAGAUUGGUGCUUGGUCUAGUCCACAAAGUCAAGUUAUAGGAUCGAGAGAAGAACUGGACAAUUUAGUUAAAGAAAACGAAAAAAAAUAUGAAAACAAAGGCGACAAAGAUAUUCCAUGUCCUCCAUAUUGGGGCGGUAUUAGAAUUGUUCCUUUAGAGAUUGAAUUUUGGCAAGGGAGACCAAGCCGUUUACAUGACCGUAUUGUGUUCAGAAGAAAAAAUGAAGCUGCGCCAUGGGAAAUUGUUAGAAUAGCACCAUAA